UUAUUUAUUAUCGUUCACGUUCUGGUCAUCUUCUUCAAAACCCUCCUUCCUCUCUGUCUCUCUCACUUAUUACUACUUACACUCACAACACGACACAGCACAACACAGUCCGGUUAAUACUGUGAUCUUCUUCACUACACUGAGAGAUUUGUAUUUGAUUGGCUGUGUUAUGGAGAAUCUGGCAAUGAAGGAGCUAGAGAGAGGGCGCGAGUUUGCGAACCAGCUUCGACGAUUGAUGUUUAGGUCUGAGGAAGAAGCUGAUGAGGGUUUAACGACGUCGUCUGCUGAGGAUCUUGUGGCCAAAGUGGUGGAUUCUUUCACCAACACACUCUCUCUCUUCACCAACAACAAUAGCAGUCACCUCUCUCUUCUUCAUCAUCAAGUUUCUGCAGAUUCGUCGUCGUCGUGUUGUCACUUUCCUGAUCACUCAGAUGAAUCUCACGACCAGAGCUUUAAGAGCAGAAGCCCCACAACCACCAUUAAAGAUCCCAAAAGAAGCUCUCCCAAGAAAAGGAAAAGUACGCAUACAUGGGAGGAGGAUUCCAAAAUGAGUCCAAAGGAAGAUGGGCAUGCAUGGAGAAAAUAUGGCCAAAAAAUCAUCCUCAAUGCUAAAUACCCCAGGAACUAUUUCAGAUGCACUCACAAGUAUGAUCAAGGAUGCCAAGCAACAAAACAAGUUCAGAGAAUCCAAGACGAUCCUCCUCUGUACAAGACAACCUAUUUUGGCCACCACACUUGCACCAACCUCCUCAAUCCUCAGAUCAUUAUUGAUUCUCCCGACCUUAAUUCCACCUCUUCUUGUAUCCUCAGCUUCGAUAAUAAUAAUAAUAAUAAUAAUAAUAUUACCACCUUUGACCAAAAAGUCAAACCAUCCUUCUUAACCCAGCAAAGCCAUCUCUUUCUCUCUUCUUCGUCCUCUUUAUUUCCAUCUGGUGAUCCUGUGAAGCAAGAGAAGAUUAAUGAUAAUACUGGUCUUCGUCCUUCAUGUUCAUCCAAUGAUUGCCAGCUUGUGUAUCCUGAUUAUGAUGAUGAAGUUCAGCUUCCUUUUGAUUCUGAAUAUAAUUAUCAAGUGGACGUGUUUACUUCUGCUGGGUUUCGUGAUCUUCUUGAAUUUGAUGAUUAUGACUCCAUUGAUGCACAUUUGAUCCCUAGUUAUUUUGAAUCUUGUCUUCAACUAGAUAAGAGGUAGCUACCAAGUUUUGUAAGCUUAGCUUCAUGUACUAGAAAACAUCUACAUCUUCCAUUUGCUUCAUUAUCAGCGAAGUAUAAGUUUCUAUUUUUCUGGAAAUUUUUACGAUAAAUCUUAAAUGUGCACUUUAUUA